AUGUUAUUAGCUGCUAUUGAUGAAAAGCACAAGGGUGCCUAUGAUUUUUUCUAUCUACCAAUCGACUUUAAGAAUAAAUGCAAUGUGGGAUACGCAUUUAUCAACAAGUUGUCGGCAUCACACAUUAUUCCAUUCUAUGAGACAUUUAAUGGGAAGAAGUGGGAGAAGUUUAAUAGUGAAAAAGUUGUCCUGUCAUAUGCACGAAUCCAAGGAAAGGCUACACUGGUGAACCACUUCCAGAAUUCAAUUUCUGCACGCUGCCAAUGA